AAUUAUACAGCAGAAAGAAACUGGUCGGUACAGUCACGAACUCUGUUAAAAGUUGUCCGGUCAAAUCUUCUAUUGGACUCAAAAAGACACGACACAAAGAGCAGCUUACGGCUCCUAAAACAAUGCACAUGUCUCCAUGCUAUCCUAUUCGUUGUCUUAAUUAUUUCAAUUACAUUCUCUAAUCUACACUUUUGUGCCCAUUUGACGAGACAUUCCCUGAAUCUAUGGACUGCGCUCAAAGCACAACUACUUUGAUCUCUGAUCCCUUUGUCUACAUGUCUUUCUCAUUACUUAUAUAAAGAACAUGGAGCCUCCUUCAUUGAUAUACUUACCAAUUUCUGACUGAGUUUGAACAUUAACUUCAGUCAUCAUUUUGAUUUUUCUGUAAAUCCGAAGAGAAAAUGGAAGGUGGGUUCCAUUCAGAUUGGAAUGAUAGUUCUUCAUCGUUAAUGGGAUCAGAGUAUCUGGAGGAAGAGUUGGAGGAGGUAACUGUGAGAGGUGAAAAGGUUUUCUCUUGUGUUCCUCAGCCUCAGACACCAAGGGAGUCAAUGAAGUUUCUGUCCAGGUCAUGGAGUCUUUCCGCUACUGAAAUCUCCAAAGCUCUAGCUCAGAAACAGAGACAACACCAAAGUCUGUCUACUGUUUCCCAAAACAGUCAUGGUGUCUUCUUCCAAGAUUCUGCUGCAGAUCCGCUUAUGGUAGAAAAGAUCAUGAAGUCAUCUGGUACACGUAAAUCAGGGAGGUUCUCAAAGUGGUUUCACCAAAAGCAACACACCAACCCAAACACCAUAAGGAAUCAGAAGAGGAAAGACAAAGCACGUGUGGAGAGAGCCCAUGUGCACUCAGCUGUGUCCAUCGCAGCUCUGGCAGCUGGGUUAGCGUCUGUGACAUCAGAGGAAAGCUGCAGUAAAGGGUCAAGCUUCAUGAUGCCGCUGGCUCUAGCCUCAGCUACCGAGCUACUGGCUUCUCACUGCAUUGAGAUGGCUGAGCAAGCAGGUGCCGAUCGUGAAUGUGUUGCUGCCGCGGUUAGGUCUUCCAUUGAUAUCCACAGCCCUGGUGAUCUCACCACUCUUACAGCCGCUGCUGCAACUGCUUUGAGAGGAGAAGCGGCUUUGAAGGUGAGGCAGACAAAGGACGCAAGGAAGAACGCGACUAUCACACCUUGUGAGAGGAGCUUCUCUGACUCUAGCUGGAAUCAGUUUAGAUUGGAUGAACCAAAUCUUCCUUUAGAGGGUGAACUUGUGCAAUGUGCACAAAACGGAACUCAACGACUUAAGCGAGUUUGUGUCUAUAUCAACAAGUCUCAGGUGAUGAUCAAACUUAAAAGCAAACACAUUGGAGGAACAUUCUCCAAGAAGCUCAAAUGCGUUGUUUAUGGAGUCUGCGACGAGAUAUCUGCAUGGCCUUACAGUAAAGAUAGAGAAAACUCGGAAGAAGACUACUUUGGUCUUAAAACUGGACAGGGUCUGUUGGAGUUCAAGUGCAAGAGUAAGACUCAAAAGCAGAAAUGGGUUGCUGGGAUUCAGUCUACUCUCCGCCAAGUAACUUGUCUCGAGGCUGACAAAUGCUCUCUUGAAACUUUGAGCCUCAGUGGUCGAAUGCGAUAG